AGUUAGUUGUUAGUCAGUGUCAGUUGCUCGGCGGCGGAGGCUGAGGUCAUCGGGAAAAGGACUGGACAGGCGGCGAUGGUGGUCACCGCGGCGGCGUGUGCGCCCCUCAGGAAAAGAAUAUUUGAGGUCCAUCUGUAAGGAAAGAAAAGGAAGCAACAACAUAAUGCCUAGAGCUCGGAGCCAGUUAAACCAGUAAACAUUGCUGUCUUUGAGAAGUUAAGGAAUAAUAGGCAAGGAAGAAAAGGACAUUCAUCUUAGAAAGACCGAAAGCACUUCGAAGUUUUGAAGGAAUAUAACACUAAUUGCUAAAACCACCUUUGUUACCAGAAUGGAUGGAAUUCUUCAUAUUUAAAUGGUUGAUCAUACUUAGAAGAGCUGCUAUAAACACACAGGGGAGGUGAAAAUUAAUGGAUGGAAAUUUUGUCAUGCACUGAAAGAAAAGCAUUGUCUGUGAAGUUCUAUUUUUAAAAAUGUCUGCGUGUAACACCUUUACUGAACACGUUUGGAAACCUGGUGAAUGCAAGAAUUGCUUUAAACCUAAAAGUUUGCACCAGCUUCCCCCAGAUUCUGAGAAGGCACCCAUCACCCAUGGCAAUGUGAAAACUAAUGCCAAUCACAGUAACAACCACCGCAUCAGGAACACCGGAAAUUUCCGGCCUCCUGUGGCUAAAAAACCCACUAUAGCUGUGAAACCCACUAUGAUGGUGGCAGAUGGACAAAGUGUAUGUGGUGAGCUUAGCAUCCAAGAACACUGUGAGAACAAACCUGUCAUCAUAGGGUGGAACCGAAACAGAACUGCUUUGACUCAGAAACCACUCAACAAUAAUAAUGAAGAUGAUGUUGAAGGAUUUAGCCAUGUUCCUAAGCUUUAUGGCAAUAAUGAUAGUGCAAAGAAGAUAUCAAAUAACAAUAAUGGACUAACUGAAGUGUUAAAGGAGAUAGCAGGCUUGGAUACCACCCCUCAGAUAAGAGAAAAUGAAACAAACUCCAGGGAAACAUUCCUAGGAAGAAUAAAUGAUUGCUAUAAACGAUCACUGGAAAGAAAGCUUCCACCAAGUUGCAUGAUAGGCGGGAUAAAAGAUACUCAGGGCAAGCAUGUUAUUCUCAGUGGGAGCACAGAAGUGAUCAGUAAUGAAGGGGGCAGGUUCUGUUACCCAGAGUUUUCUAGUGGCGAGGAGAGUGAGGAGGAUGUACUUUUCAGUAACAUGGAGGAGGAGCAUGAGAGCUGGGAUGAGAGUGAUGAAGAGCUAUUGGCCAUGGAGAUUCGCAUGAGAGGACAACCUCGCUUUGCCAACUUUAGGGCAAACACUUUGUCUCCUGUUCGAUUCUUUGUGGACAAAAAGUGGAAUACCGUCCCCCUGAGAAAUAAAUCUCUGCAGAGAAUCUGUGCUGUAGACUAUGAUGACAGCUAUGAUGAAAUCCUAAACGGUUAUGAGGACAAUUCUGUGGUCUCUUAUGGACAAGGAAGCAUUCAGAGCAUGAUGUCAUCUGACUCUACAUCACCAGACUCUUCUUUAACAGAAGAGUCACGUUCUGAGACAGCCAGUAGUUUAUCCCAGAAGAUUUGCAAUGGGGGGAUGCCUCCUGGCAACCCAGGAGAUUCUAAGGACAAGAAGGAGGUUGAGCCCAAUUAUGAAAGUCUCUCUAGUAAUCAGGAGAAGGACUCAUCACAAGCGUCCAAAAACUCAGUAAAAGUUCCAGAGACACACAAAGCAGUCCUUGCUCUCCGAUUAGAAGAAAAGGAUGGCAAAAUUGCUGUACAAACUGAGAAGCAGGAAAGUAAAACGUCUACAGAUAUUGCUGGACAAGCAGUAACCAUAAACCUCAUCCCUGUAGAAGAGCAAGCAAAGCCCUACCGAGUUGUGAAUCUGGAACAGCCAUUGUGCAAACCAUAUACUGUCGUGGAUGUGUCAGCAGCCAUGGCCAGUGAGCACCUUGAAGGCCCUGUUAACAGCCCCAGAACAAAAAGCUCAUCUUCUACUCCAAACUCUCCAGUGACAUCACCUGCACUGACUCCAGGACAAAUAAGUGCCCAUUUCCAAAAAUCUAGCGCAAUCCGAUACCAGGAAGUAUGGACUUCUAGCACCAGUCCACGACAAAAGAUACCUAAAGUGGAAUUAAUUACUGGUAAAACUGGACCAAAUGUCCCUCCAAGAAAAAACUGUCACAAAUCAGCACCUACUUCACCCACAGCCACAAAUAUUUCCUCCAAAACCAUUCCCGUUAAGUCACCUAAUUUGUCUGAAAUAAAAUUUAAUAGUUACAACAAUGCUGGUAUGCCGCCUUUUCCAAUUAUCAUUCAUGAUGAGCCGACUUAUGCUCGGAGUUCCAAAAAUGCUAUUAAAGUUCCCAUUGUUAUCAAUCCAAAUGCAUAUGACAAUCUAGCCAUCUACAAAAGUUUCCUGGGAACAAGUGGAGAACUCUCGGUGAAGGAGAAAACCACAAGUAUAAUAAGUCAUACUUACGAAGAAAUAGAAACUGAAAGCAAAGUGUCUGAUAACACCCCUAGCAAACCCACUGAAUGUCCCCAAGCUAAAGGGGUUUCAAAUAGCACAGAGCGGAAAAGGGGCUCAGUGGCACAGAAAGUUCAAGAGUUCAACAACUGUCUCAACAGAAGUCAGUCUUCACCACAGAGAAGCUAUGGUUCCAGCCACAGCUCCCCAGCAAAGAUGCAGAAAACCACUCAAGAGCCUAUGGCCAAAACAGAUAGCAGUCAGGAGUCUCAGAUGGUGGGAAGUGGUGGCAGCAGCAGCACCAGGGAGAAAGCAAGCACAGUGCUUUCUCAGAUUGUGGCUUCCAUCCAGCCCCCACAAUCUCCUCCAGAAACACCUCUCUCUGGCCCUAAAGUCUGCAGCGUGGAAGAACUUUAUGCUGUUCCUCCAGAUGCCGAUGCUGCUAAAAGUACACCGAAGAGUACACCAGUUCGGCCCAAAUCUCUCUUCACAUCUCAGUCUAGUGGUGAGGCUGAAGUACCUCAGACCACAGAAAGUCCCACUCCCAAAGUACAGAAAGAUCCAUUCACAAAGCCAGUCACAUCCCCUCCCUCUAAAUUGGUGACUGGCCUCCAAAGUGAGACACCACCUCCCUUUCCCCCACCACGCUCUACCUCCUCCCCUUACCAUGCAGGGAACCUUCUGCAGAAGCAUUUCACCAACUGGACCAAGCCAGCCAGCCCUGCCAGAUCAACGGAAGCUGAAUCAGUUUUGCAUUCUGAAGGAAGCAGGCGUGCAGCUGAUGCUAAGCCUAAGCGAUGGAUAUCAUUUAAAAGCUUCUUCCGCCGUCGGAAAACAGAUGAAGAGGAUGACAAAGAGAAAGAGCGGGAGAAAGGGAAACUGGUGGGCCUGGAUGGCACAGUCAUCCACAUGCUGCCUCCUCCUCCAGUUCAGCGGCAUCACUGGUUCACAGAGGCAAAAGGAGAGUCCAGUGAGAAACCAGCCAUUGUCUUCAUGUACAGGUGUGACCCUGCCCAAAGCCAGCUCAAUGUGGAUCAGAGCAAGGCUGGAGCAGACCAGGCAACAGUCGUGGAGAAGGAUAGAACAGAGAGUACAUUACUGCAGGAUUCAGAGAAGAAGAAAAGGAGCCAUUCUUCUCCAUCACAGAUUACUAAAAAUAUUCUCAGUCGCGUGACUCAUGAAGUGACAGAGGAUUUUUCUCCUCGAGAUCCAAAAUCUGUUGUGAAACAAGAUGGUGGGGGCUGCCCCUCAAUCACACCAGCAUUGCCCCUGCCCGAACUGGAAAGGGAAGAGGAAAAAGAAGACAACAUUUCAGAUCCUCUGGACCUGAACCCCUGUAGUGCAACAUACAGCAACCUAGGGCAAUCUAGAGCAGCCAUGAUACCUCCUAAGCAUCCACGGCAGGCCAAGGGAGCUUUGGAUGAUACAGUUGCCUUUGGGGGGAAAGCAGACCCAGAACCACCUAAUGCUUCCCAACCCACACCACCCCCACUGCCAAAGAAGAUGAUCAUAAGAGCCAAUACAGAACCAAUCUCCAAAGACCUCCAAAAAUCCAUGGAAAGUAGUCUAUGUGUCAUGGCUAAUCCCACCUAUGAUAUCGACCCCAACUGGGAUGCCAGCAGUGCUGGCUCUUCCAUCAGCUAUGAACUCAAGGGACUGGACAUUGAGUCUUAUGACUCCUUGGAGAGACCUUUGCACAAAGAGAGACCUGUCCCCUCAGCAGCAAAUAGCAUCUCCAGCUUAACCACUCUCAGUAUUAAGGAUAGAUUUUCCAACAGCAUGGAAUCCUUGUCCAGCCGACGUGGUCCCUCUCAUAGGCAGAGCCGAGGCAUUCAAAAGCCACAGAGACAAGCACUAUAUCGAGGACUCGAGAAUCGGGAGGAAGUGGUGGGUAAAAUCCGAAGCCUUCAUACAGAUGCCUUGAAGAAACUGGCCGUUAAAUGCGAAGACCUCUUCAUGGCAGGACAGAAGGACCAGCUCCGUUUGGGGGUGGACAGUUGGUCAGACUUCAGGCUAACCAGCGACAAACCAUGUUGUGAGGCAGGUGAUGCAGUUUACUAUACUGCUUCAUAUGCAAAAGAUCCACUUAAUAACUAUGCCGUCAAGAUCUGUAAGAGCAAAGCUAAAGAAUCUCAGCAGUAUUAUCAUAGCUUGGCUGUCCGCCAGAGUCUGGCUGUCCAUUUUAACAUCCAGCAGGACUGUGGUCAUUUUCUUGCUGAAGUCCCCAAUCGUCUGCUUCCCUGGGCAGAUCCUGAUGCCCCUGAAAAAGAAGAGGAUGAAAUGGAAGAGAGUGAAGAAGAAGCAAAAGGAGAAACUGAUGGGAAAAACCCAGAGACCUGUUCUGAAUCAGAGUCAUCCCAGAAAGAAAACCAGGGAGCCAUGAGCAAGAAACAGAGAAGCCACGUUGUGGUCAUUACCAGAGAGGUUCCCUAUCUCACUGUGGCUGAUUUUGUGCGAGACUCUUCGACCCAGCAUGGGAAAAGCCCUGAUAUAUAUGAAAGGCAAGUAUGUUUGCUGCUCUUACAGCUGUGCUCUGGCCUUGAACACCUCAAACCCUAUCAUGUUACUCAUUGCGAUCUCCGCCUGGAGAACCUGUUGCUUGUCCACUACCAGCUAGGGGGAACCGCCCAAGGUCUGGGGCCUGCAGAGCCCAGCUCCACCUCGUCUUGUCCCACAAGGCUUAUAGUGAGCAACUUCUCUCAGGCCAAGCAAAAGAGCCACCUGGUGGACCCCGAGAUCCUCCGGGACCAGUCUCGCCUCGCCCCAGAAAUCAUAACUGCUACCCAAUAUAAAAAGUGCGAUGAGUUCCAGACAGGCAUCCUCAUCUAUGAGAUGCUACAUCUGCCCAACCCUUUCGAUGAGAACCCAGAGCUGAAGGAGAAGGAAUACUCGCGAGCAGACUUGCCACGCAUCCCACUCCGCUCCCCCUACUCCCGGGGCCUGCAGCAGCUGGCCAGUUGCCUCCUGAAUCCUAACCCUUCUGAGCGGAUCCUCAUUUCAGACGCCAAAGGCAUCCUCCAGUGUCUGCUUUGGGGCCCCCGGGAAGAUCUUUUCCAGACUUUCACAGCCUCUACUAGCCUGGUGCAAAGGAACAGCCUGCUCCAAAACUGGUUAGACAUCAAGCGAACACUGCUGAUGAUCAAGUUUGCUGAGAAGUCCUUGGAUAGGGAGGGCGGGGUGAGCCUUGAGGACUGGCUUUGUGCUCAGUAUUUGGCUUUUGCCACCACAGACUCCCUCAGUUGUAUUGUGAAAAUUCUGCAACAUCGUUAAUGUAUUCUGGAUGCUGCUUUUACUACAUGUUCACCACCUUCUUGUCACCCAUGCACUUCCCCUUCCUAAUACUCACGCAGAAUUCAAGGAAAGAAGAGAGACAAACCUUCCGUCCCUGACCAUGAACAAGAUCCAAUAAGAAUGGUUAUUCACAGCUUCAAAUCAAGUGAGAAGCUAAGUCUGUCUUAACUUUACAGAAAUUAAACUUCACCAAUGUGCAGCUGCCAUCUCCUUAAACACCUUCCAUCCUAACUGUCCCACAAAUACAGGUAAAAAAUGAGAAUGCACAUCCUUGAAGAUAAUAGCUUCUUUGGUAUGAACUCAGUAAACCAGUGAGCUUGUCCAGUUCCUCUGUAAUUCUGAUUAUCACCUGUCUUUUCAGCACCAAAUAUUUAUUCUCCCUAGCAAUAGACAGACUUAACCAAUCUGUGCCAUCAUCCAGUAAGUUCUCACAACACUCUUCCUUUAAGGUAUCAAUAAACUGAUUGUCUUAUCAGGCAGAACUGCCAUCCUUAGCAUAAGCCCAGUUUCGGUUACUGGGCCCUGUAUCCUUUGUUCCAGCAGGGAGUAGAAAGAAAAGGAGAGAUCCCAUCCUUUGGUCAUAGACCUGUCUUCAUUUCUGUUAUCUGUCAGUGUGUGCACGGCAUGGAAGACAGCCCUAAUAAUCUCCCUUCUGCUGCCACUGCCUGCUUCUCUUUCACCUCUACUCUGUCCUCACUUGCCAUUGAAGUUUGGAUUUAUCAGCCACUUGUGGCCCAUUAUAGAGCUGACCCAAAGUGGUGUCACCAAUGCCUCAGCAGGGUGGAGUACAGUUCAGAUCUUAUAAAUAGCUGGCAGGACAUGAAGAGAUGAUUUUCUCACAUGUGCAAUUCUCUAGGGACCAUCAGGGAACAGAGUUUAAAGUACCAUUCUUUGAUUAUUGUCAAAACGGUCAUUGGCAGCCAGGGCUGGUAAUGCCCAGAUUACAGUUUUACCCUGAGCAGUAAUUGGCCAGCUCCCUCCUAUUAGUAGCCAGUGUUAACUAGUCUACCAAAUGCUGUAAACAACCGUCUGGAUGAAACAGCUGUCGGUUCAGCUCUAAGAUCUCCUUACAGAGCACAGCAGAGUGGGCUAUUGGGGUAGCCAUAAGCAGGGGGAGGGGAAGAGACUGCUGAUGUGACUGCUGACUGCCUCAGAAUGUUGACCUCUUCUAGAGAGACUGCCUCCAGUGUAAGUGGCACAUUGCUCCUAUGACUUUCUAAAAUGGCUCUCGAGGACAGCUCAUGGGAAUUGUGUUUGCUUGAGGUGGGUGACUAAGAGCUGUUCACUGUGUGUGGAGCCUGUGCUCCUCUCCUAUGGAUAUAUGUGCAAUUUUUGUAUGUAUUUUUUUUAGCUGUAUAUUACAGUGUUUGUGUUACAACUUCA